AUGGCCAAAUCCAAAGCGGCUAAACGCAAGCGGAACGCACAAGUCGACCUUCCACAAAAGCUUCCCAAGGCAAUCCCGAAUCUAACACCGCCUCCUGAUGGCACCGAGUGCACACAUCUGAAUGCCGUUGUCUCAGACGAGGAACUCGAAAUCACAAUCGAAACGCUCACCGCGCUUGCUCAAUAUCCAGGUCUGACAAAGUCAAAAGCAUGCAAGGAUCUCCGAGUCGCAGUCUAUGACUUCCGCCAGGCAUGCACUACGGGUGUCAACACUGCCGAGGGCGCCAAUUUGACAGCCCGAAUAACCGGUGCAUUGGUGGACGAGAAAUACAUUGAAGCCAAGAUCUUGCUCGCCGAGAUGAGGAUUAGAGGGGAACAACCUAAGAUCGGAGCCUUGUGUCGCUGGGUGCGAGAUCUGGAUGUCGUCAGCGGCCUAUCGACGCAGCCCAAAGCACACGAUAAUACCCCCCUUGAGCGCAGUGUGAAAGAAAUGGAAAUUCUCGGCGUCCUUGAUGCCAUUCUGCGUGUCAGCACCCCAAUUGACACGAACCCGAACGCCCUUGACUCGACCUCUCCUAUCGCCUUCCAGUCCAUCUGGGACCUCCGCCCCUCGACGACACCACUGCCGGUCUACGCUUCAGUUCUCAACAAAUCAAUCUUGGACGAGGCGCCCAAGUCUCCUUCCGCCCUCCGCGUCAUCGAACGAACCCCUGGCCCACUCCGCAAACCCCCAAACCACCAUCCCGCCAUCCUCUAUACCACCGCCCCGAACGCCGUCCCAUUAGCUCCCAUCGGUCCUUCUAUAACAUACCACGCACAUCCUGCUGUGCCAGGGCUCGGUCUCGCUCUCAAUGUGCUGUCCGCCGCUGAGUGCAAGGCGAUCAUCGCUACUGGUGAAUCCGUUAAUUUCCUGCCCGACGCACCCCUUCGCGAAGAUGGAGACAUAAGCAUCCUAGCCCACAACUUUUACUGGAUCAUUGACACCACAUUCCACGACAUGCUUUGGGCGCGAAUUUCCCCUUACGUGCCGCCCUCGAUUAACGGCCGCCUAGCCCGAGGCAUCAAUCGUCGUUUCCGUGUGUAUAGGUAUGUUCCCGGCGCCGAAUAUCGGUGUCACAUUGACGGAGCUUGGCCACCGUCUGGUAUUCUUCCGGAUGACACAUACGUGUACGACUCUUCGCCCGAAGAAAAGAAGCAGAGCUCGAUGUACACCUUUCUACUAUAUCUCAAUGAUGAGUUCGAAGGCGGAGAGACGACGUUCUUCAUGCCAGCCCCGCGGGAAGGAACCCUCAAUGGAUACCCAGUGAGACCUGUUAUGGGAGCUGUUGCAAUAUUCCCACAUGGAGAGUCAAAUGGAGCCUUGCUACAUGAAGGUACAGGGGUGAGAAAGGGGGCAAAAUAUAUCAUUAGGACUGACGUAGAGUAUGAUGUGAAGCCUUCUGAAGAGUGA